AAGAAAAGGGAACAUAUGAGUUUCGGAUGAAAUGAAAACCUUAUAAAAACACACACACACAAACACCUUUUUUUUCCAACAUUGGCUUGAGACACACACACCAUUGCUCGAAACAUAUAUGUUUAUAUAUUGUUUCUGUUGAUUGAAAAUGUCGUCUUUUUUUAGAAUUUCACGUACUAAUCAAAUAUGACGAGACACUUACGGAUCUUUUACCAAAGAAAAUCAAGGAUCUGCUUUGCUUUACAUGGACUUGAGAAGGAUCGAAGAGAAUGGAGCCACUUAAUGAUUACAAAUUAUCUAAAUGCAUUUGAAAUAUAUAUCAUAAUAAAAUAAGUUUUUUUAGUAGACAUUUUUAUGAACAACUUCUAGAUUUAAAAUUAGCCAGUCUAUUAAGUCAAAGAAUUAACUUAUAGAAAUUAUUACAAGAUUCAAAAGAAAAUUAAAAUUAAGAUUAGAAUACAAAAAUAUGGUAUUACAUCACCCCUCUUAGUUGAGUAUUUUUCUUCAUAAAAUAUUAUUCAUAUUUUAAAAUAACAAAGUCUCUUAAUCUCUUUUAAAAUAACAAAUCUCUUUAUUAAAAUUUCAUACUCGUGUAGUUGUGAAGGCCAACUACCUAGUAUAUCUUAAAUUACCAAUCAAUUGAUCGCUUGUUAUAUUAAAGAAAAAAAUAAGUUGUACAAAAAUAAUCUCAAAAAAAUAUAGAGAACAUCCGUUGUUGAUUUUCAUUUUUCCAUUUGAACGUGUUUAAGGAAUUAUCUCCCUCCCUACUCCUCUCGUUCGAUUCGUGGAGGGUUAUUGAUUCAGCAUGAACACUACUUAACGAUUCCAAGGGAUUCCUUAGCCAUAUAAAGGUCAAUUGGAUUCUGCUAUUCGUGUAUUUCAACCACAAUAAUACAAAUCGUUCUAGUAUUCUUUAGUUGCCCUAGCUACUAGAACUUAUUGUUGUUGUAAGUUACAAAAAAAAAACUUAUUGUUGUUGUACCAGUAAUUUUAUUAAUACAUAUUUGCUUUAGUCGUACUAUAAUUGUUUUAACAGUACCUACAAUUUUUAAAAAUAGCUUCGAUUUAAUCUUUAUACACGACAAUGGACGUGUUAAACAACGAACAUAUUUUCUAACACCAGUGUAAUGAUUUUUGUAUGUUUCAAAAUUGUAUAAAAUAAACCAAAUCAUCUUUAAAUAUCAAUUUUGUAUCUGUUUUCAAAAACUCCGGUUUCAUAACAGAAUUUUGAUUUUUUACAUUACCCAUAUCAAAUAUAUAAUCUAUUAAUAAGAAAAUUUCAUGAAAAUGACAAAAUUUUACCUUUAAAUGGAGAUUCAAAAUUGUCAAAUGUAGAAUGGUGGGUGAGGAGAAUUAUGGCGAAGGGGGAAGAAUGUUAAGUUAGUGAAAUCCUUGUUGAAUUGUUGUAUGAAUAUUUAAUUUGAAGUUUAAUUUUUUAGUUUAAUAUAGAUAAUAGGUGAGAUGUCAAUUAUAUUACAAAGAAAAGAAUAGGUCAUGAGAAGAAACAAAUGGUAUAAAUAGUAAGAUUAUUAAGGAGUAGUGAGAUUAAAAUGUUUCCCAUUAAGGAAUUUUAGUUACUUGUCCAUUAUUUUUGCCUUUUUGGGUUAUUAUGGACUCAAUCCCAUAAUAAAAUUUAUUUUAUUAUAAUUCACUAAUAAAGCAACUUUUCAAUCCCUAUAAAGAGUUUUCCAUUCUCUGCUUCUUCUUUCAUGCAACUCCUCGUCUAUUUGGGUCUUGAGAGUGUCUUACGUAAACCUUAAGUUACUUGCAGGUUGAUUUCCUGAUCCACUCAACCACAGCUUUCACAUGUCUGAAAACAUGGAGCAGCCUCUGAGUCCGUCGCUUCCAGAUGACGUCAUCAUUGACAUCGUAGCUCGUGUGCCCAGAAGCUAUUACCCGACUCUCUCCCUCGUUUCCAAGAGUUUCAGGAAACUCAUUGCCUCUCCUACGUUCUACAAGAGGCGAUCCUUCCUAGGCAUCACCCAACACCGCAUCUAUGCCGUCCUCCGCAGCCGCAAAACUCGUGAUGAUUUCAGUUUCUACAUUCUCCACAGGAAACUCAAAUGCAGUAACCGCUUGGUCAUCGUCGGAUCACGUACACUUCAUCACAUGUGUUCCCGUGGAAGCUAUGUCUCGGUUGGUUCGAAGGUGUACGGGUUUAACGAUCUACAUGCGCUCAGCAUUGACUGCACCUCUCACACGUCUCAGCCCAUCUCUGACAUUCCUCAGCUCAUGACUAAUAAAGUUGCUAAUGUCAUCGACAAGAAGAUUUACCUGAUUGGUGGUUCCUUUUUGCCGGAUGAAAGUGGGUCGCGGGAAGCGUGGAAGAAUGCAGUCACGGUGUUUGAUACAGAAACACAAUCAUGGGAGUGUAAGUUGGUAAAGGAAGACAUGCAUGUAGGUCUUGGUCCCUUUUGGUCUGAUUCUAUGGUGAUGGAGGGUAAGAUUUACCUGAAAGAUUACAGCCACAGCAACUUUUUUGCUUAUGAACCAGAGGAAAGGAAAUGGGAAUUGAUGGACAAGGUGUUGAAUUAUCAUAAAUGGGUGGGUGCGUGUGUGGUUGACGAUGUCUUGUACUAUCACGAUUGUUUCGAUAUGGUGUUGAAGGCGUAUGAUCCAAAGCAGAGGUGUUGGAGUGUUGUCAACGGUUUGAAAGAUUUUUUGGCCGUGGAGACUGCCCACUCAGUUAGGUCCGAAAGCGGUGAGCUAUGGCGAGAAGAAGCUGGCUCUCUUCUUUCAUAAAAACAAUGACGGCAAAGAGGUCAUUUGCUGUGCAGAGAUUGCUUUGGAAAGGCGCCAAGGAGGAGAGAUUUGGGGUCACAAGGAGUCGUGUGAUGUUGUGUUUGAGGAUGGGAUGUUUGACAUGGUCAAAUUUGUUUCUGUUACCGUCUGAUGCAGCAUAAUAAUAAUAUCUCUAUUUAGAUCCCUUCGUAUUUUAAAUUAUCCUAAAUGCCAUCUCGUGUGGUUGUAAUAAGUUUGCUAACAUCGUUUAUGUUAAGACAAAACCUCGAGAGUGUGUGUUGUUUUAUGCUGUCGUUUAAAACUUUGGGCUAUGGUCUAUUAAAUUUGCUAUGUUUUA